CCGGUCACCGCCAGAACCCCUCAUCAGUGUAAACAGCUUGACCCCCGUGCUCGCCUCUGGCUACCGCAGAAUUCUAGGCUUGGUAACAUAUCUGCCCUGGGGCAUGUACUCUAUUUACAUGUUUUCCAAGAAGCCAGUGGACCUUUAGAGUAAAUUACAACUCCGUUUCCGGACAAGCGAAAAUUGUUUGGUUUCUGGGUAUAUAUAUCUCUAUCUCUCUACCUCCCCUGCCUAGUUCGACCUAUCAUCGUCGUCAUGCCUGUCUUUGACGCGACAACCACCAGUGAGCAGGUCGUCGACGCCUAUCGCGCCCAGGUUCAAGGCCGUACCUUUGUCAUCACCGGUGGAAGUCAGCCCAGCAUUGGGAGCUCAUUGGCAACAUCGCUCGCUAAAGCAUCGCCAGCUCACAUUCUGAUUGCAUCUAGAACCGCGGCCAAGGUCGAGCCUGUCCUCGCCGCCAUUCGGGAGAUAGACUCGUCAGUCAAGGCCACCUUCGUUCAGGUUGACCUGUCUAAUUACGCCUCGGUCCGAAAAGCAGCAGGAGAGAUCCUCAAUGCGACGGCGUCCAAGAUCGAUGUGCUCAUCAAUAGUGCCGGCAAUAUGGCAAUCAAGGAGUACACUCUCGAUGCCCAGGGAAUCGAGAUACAGCUGUCAGCCAACCAUCUCGGACAUUUCCUGCUGACCAACCUCCUCGUACCGGCGCUUUCGGCUGCUGCGGCGUCCGACAAGAGUAAGCGCGGGGCCCGCGUCGUCAAUCUCUCCAGUAAUUUGUGGACCGCGUACGGGCAGGCUAAGACGGCAAAUAUCUUAUUCUCAUAUGCCCUGACACAGCGCCUGGAGCACCAGGGCAUCACCGCUUUCGCCGCACAUCCCGGGUCCAAUCUCGACACAAAUCUCGGCUCGCACCUGGUGUUGGAGGACUACGACGACAUCUUUGAGAUCACGAAGCGCAAUACGGGCCAGGACUUUGUGUUUGACGAGCCGAGGUUCAAGUCUUACGCCCAGAUCGGUGCCACGCCACUCGCGGCCGCUCUGAACCCAGAUAUCGUUACGGCUGGGGCGUCGUACCUGCAAAACUGCCAGAUAGUUGAGCCGAUAGAGCAUGCGAGGGACGCUGAAGCCGUGGAGAAGCUGUGGGAUUUGAGCGAGGAGCUGGUGGGUCAGAAGUUCCCAUACUAGUCUGAAGGAGGGCCGACCUCGCAC